AUGGACUAUAUUGAUAACGAUAUGGAUCCUGCAAAACGACUUAAUAAAACUGGAAAGGAUAGACUGAAAGCGAAAGUAACGACAAUAGCCAUGAACCUUGCCAAUUUGGCGGGUCAAAAUAAAAUACUAAGAGAAGAAAUCGAAAGACUUCGAAAGAAAAAUAAAUCGAAUGAGACUCAGAGAGUAUCGUAUGCGAGGGUAGCUGCACAACCUGCAAUGGCUACCAAAACCGAAAAUGAACGAAAAAUUGAAAUGAGAAAGGAGGAAAACACUCUAUUUAUAACGAGUGAUAAAGCGACAACUGGCCGAAAGGUGCAGGAGGAACUAACAAAAGUUUUGAAUCCGCGAGCAGCAAAAAUACCUAUUAACAGAAUGAAGACUACUGGUAAGGCUCUCAUCAUUGAGGCCGCUAGUAAAGAGGACAUCGAAAAAAUCAAAAAUAAUGAUAUCAUUAGAAAGAGCUUCAAAUGCGAAUUGCCAAAGAAAAGGAAACCAAUGGUUUAUGACGUGAGCAGCUCCGUAAAGGGGGAGGACAUCAUAGAGGACUUACGAGUCCAAACCUUUGAGCAUAUGAGCAAUGAAGAAUUUGAAGAUUCUUUCAAAAUACGAUUCAAAACAGGUCCAAGGGGAAAAUCAACCGUUCAUUAUGUGGCGGAAGUAUCCCCUGAGCUAAGAAAAAUAAUAAUUAAAAAUAAAAUAUACAUAGGUUUCAACGCAAUAAAUGCUAGGGACUACAUAGUAGUUCCUAAAUGCCUCAAGUGCCAGGACCUAGGUCGUGUCGCUAAACACUGUACUAAGGAAACCGCAUGUAGCCAUUGCGGUGGGGCGCACGAAAAGAAAGAAUGUGAUAGAACUGGACAGCCCAGAACUUGA